AUGGCAUCAGGAGACGAAAUCCCGCCUGUUGUCGAAGACGUCUCGCAAAUUGGAAGGGACGCUUCGGGAACGGAAGCCCCAUCCGCAGAAAUUGCCGAUUCAGCUCCGUUGGAAUCGGCCGAUGGCAUAUCGAGCACUGCGGGAUUCGAACCCGCGAUCGGUCCGGAUGGAGCUGACUCUGGCUUCGCACCAGCGGACGUUCCGGAGCUCGCGGCGGUCCCGGAGAUGGCGGCGGAACCAACGAUCACGCAUCGCGAGUUUUAUUUCAUCAGAAUUCCGCGUCCGGAUCUGUCGGCGGAGAUCAACAAGAUCAAGGCGGUGGAGCAGCGGGUGAAGGAGAAGCGCGACAAGCAGCAGGCCGUUAGUGCCGCUCUUCGCGCGAAGAAGGCGCAAUGGUCGGAGGCCUUCGAGGCGCUCAAGGCCGCGCGGGCGCGCGCGCGGGAUUGUUCGCAAGACGUGCGCAACAAGUUCGACGAGGCGAAGCCGCUGCAGGGCGUGCUGCGCAAGAUGAACGAGAGCAAGGCGAGCGUGCGCGACAGGGGCCGCGGGCUCGAGUGCACCACGGAGGCGCAGCUCAACGCGCUGGUAAGCCAAUCAGUAUCCUGUAUCGCGGCGACGGAGCACCGCAUGCAGCACGAGACGAUAUCGCUCAAGGAGGAGAAGCAGCUGAUGAAGGAGCUCAAGGAUCUGGAGGCGUCGCGGCCCAAGGUGAAGGAGAUGGAGGCCCUCACGGCGUCGUUCCAGGAGAGCCAGGGCCAGCGCGACUCCAUCCAGGAGCGCCUCAAGGUAACGCGCGCGCUGCUGCGCUGCGCGACACUCACGUCACACGUCCGCUUCGCCUCUCCGCCCUUCACCCCCGCCUCCCAUCCUCCCACCACUCCCCGUCUUCCCCCCUCCACACCCCCCCCCUUCCUCCCCACUGUCCCCACACUCCCCACCCUCCCCACCUCUCUCCCUCCAUCCGCUUCCCCGUCCCCGAUCCAGCCGCUGAUGGCGGAGGUGGACGUGCUGAAGCUGGAGCGCGACGCGGCGCAGAAGAUCUGUGCGACGCUCGAGGCGGAGGCGGCGGCGCUGGACGAGGAGGUGCAAGCGCUCUUCGGUGAGCGCGCCAAGGCGCAGCUCGACGCGGAUAAGGUCUACGACGAGCUGCGCGCCGCGCGCGCCGCCACCAACAAAAAGGACGAGGAUUUCCGGCAGUACCGAGCGGACCUGGCGACGAUUCAGGAGCUCGCUUCCAAGAAGGACGUGGCUGCGCUCGAGGCGUUCUGCGAGCAGCAGGUGCGCCGGGGGGUUCAGGGCUUGCAGCGUGCGGCUGUGGUUGUGCGGCGUACGUGGAGGCGAAUCGCUACAGCACCAUCCGCCGCUUCCGCUCACUCGACACGCGCAGGCUCGGUUGUGGACGAGGACCCCGCGAACUUGCUCGACGUGCCCUCCCGAACCUACGCGCCAGCCUCGGCGCCGGCAGCUUCCGCGGCGGGUGCUGGGGAGGCAAGGGCGGGGAGCGGGGCGGAGAAGAAGGGGAAGGGGGCUGGGGAGAAGGAAACGGGGAAGGCGGCUGGGGGGGAUAAGGGCGCAGGGGGGAAGGGGAAGGGGGAGACGGCGGAGGGGGCAGGGAAGGGCUCGCGAGGAGCCGCAGCAGUAGCAGCAGCGGGGGGCUGGGGGGAUGAGGAGGUGGACGUGGGGAAAGGGAAGGGGGAAGGGAAGGCGGGUAAGGAGAACGGAGUAGUGAUGAAGGUACCGGAAACAAAGGUAGAGGAGGUGGAUGAGGAGGCGGAGAGGGAGAGGCGGAGGGAGGAGGCGAUAAGGAAGGCCAAGGAGGCAGAGGCGCGCAAGGCGAAGCUGGCGGAGAAGGCUCAGAAGCGGGCGGAGGCGCGCGCUGCCAAGGAGGCUGAGGCUCUCGCUAAGAGGCGCGAGAAGUGGAAAGGAGAAAAGCGUUUAGCACCGUCGUCAUCUGGUGGCCUGGAAUUCGCUGUUGCCGUAUUGCCCAUCGAGACAUAUCACUCAGGCAUGGGUUCCUUAUUGGCACAUCUGACCACCACGUACCACAUGCUCUCAUCAAUUCUCACUCCUCUCUCUCCUUGUCCCUCCCCUUUUUAUUCUCCCCCCCUUCGGCCUCCCACAUUCUCCACUUGUCCCCUCCCCUCUCUUUCCUCCCCCUCCCCUUUCCCUCCUGUAUUCCCAAUCUGCCCUUCCAUCGCCCUGCAGGAGCGGGAGAAGCGAGCGCGCAAGAAGGCAGCAGCAGCAGGGGUGCCAUACGAGCGGGAGAAGAGGGCACGCAAGAAGGCAGCAGCAGCAGGGGUGCCAUACGUGGAAGGGGCAGCAGAGGCGCCGGCAGAGGGCGAAGCUCCAGAGGACGCCACCACAGGCGACGAUGCCUCUGCUGCCGAGGAGACUGGCGCCGCUGCUAACAGCAAGGGCGAUGCGGGCAAGGGCGGAGAGGCGGAGGCGGGGCUGUCGAGGAGGGAGCAGCGCCGGCGGCAGGCGCUGGUGGCACUGCGGAAGAAGAAGAGCGGGUUGCUGAGUGGCAGUGCUCUGUGGGGGUUGGCAGGCAUCCUCGCUGUUGUGCUUGCUAUUGUCAUCGCUUACUAUGUGGUGAGUGGUGCGGGGAAUGCUGAUUGA